AGUUGAAGUAAAAACGAAAGUUAUGUGUACAUAUGUUACAAAUUCACAUGAACUGAAUGUCGAACGUGGAACUCUUGUAUUAUCUAUUCUGGCUGUAAACCCAGAAGCAUUUUACCUUCAUUAUUAA